AUGAGAAGCACUACAACUCCAUUGGCAAUGCACUUUAAGCUGUCAAAAGAACUGAAGGCCGUUUGUGAAGCAGGAAGAAAGGAAAUGGAAUUGAUUCCUUACUCUAACAUAGUUGGGAGUAUAAUGUACCUGAUGAUAUGUACUAGGCCUAAUAUAGCACGUGCUAUAAGUACUACGAGCAGAUAUAUGUCUGAAUUCGAAAGGCAGCACUGGAAUGCCUUGAAAUGGACUUUGAGAUAUUUGAAAGAGGAUGAUAAAAUGGCUAUUUUGUUCACUGAUGAAGGUGGAGCAGAGCAGGAACCGUUGAUAGCUGUGUGUUGGAAGUCAAAUUUGCAAGAUGUAGUAGCUUUAUCUACAACAGAAACGAAGUAUAUUGCUCUUACAUCGGCUGUGAAAGAGAGUAAGUGGCUGAUGGGUUUGAUCCUUGAUUUUGGAUUGAGGAAUGUGCAGCAACUAUCCAUUGUGACAAUAGUGGAGCAUUAUGCUUAG